AAUUUUACAAGUCAAAUAAACGGUAGUUUUACCUUUAUAAUGCUAAAAAUCUAGAAAUAAAUUUUGGAAUAGUUCAAUAAUUUCAAACUGUGUGGCGCUAACGUCGUUCAUUUCCUUUUUUGAUUUCUUGUCAAACAUGGGUAUUGACAUAAAUCACAAAUACGACCGGAAGGUUAGGCGCUCGGCCCCCAAAAGUCAAGAUGUCUAUUUACGUCUUCUCGUCAAGCUCUACCGUUAUUUGGCCCGUCGUACCGAAGCUAAAUUCAACAAAAUCAUCUUGAAGAGAUUGUUCAUGAGCAACAUAAACAAGCCUCCCAUUUCUCUGGCCAGAUUAGUGAGGUUGAUGAAGAAACCAGGUCGUGAGGGCCUCACUGCAGUUAUUGUAGGCACUGUAACUGAUGAUACAAGGAUCUUUGAGGUGCCCAAGUUAACUGUAUGCGCUCUGAGAGUAACAGAAAAGGCUAGAGCAAGAAUUGUAAAAGCAGGAGGUGAAGUGAUCACUUUUGAUCAACUGGCUCUACGUUCCCCCACAGGAUCCAAGACAGUUUUGUUGCAAGGCCGUCGUAACGCUAGAGAAGCUGUGAAACACUUUGGUUUGGCUCCGGGCGUGCCCCACAGUCACACUAAGCCUUUAGUGCGGUCCAAGGGACGUAAAUUCGAGAGAGCAAGAGGCCGCAGGAGGUCAUGCGGCUACAAGAAGUAAGAAGGGGACUUUAAAAGUGAUUUUCAUAAUAUAAUAUUGUGACACGCAUUGUUUUUAAAAAGAUAAGUUAAAACAAUAAACAGAUCUAUUGUA